CGUGCGGGGAGCGCGAGAGGACUAGAACGCUACCGUGAAAAGCGCGAACAGGACGGGAAUCGCUUGACAGCAACCGAUUUUAUACGUCCACCUGCUUGGGCAGCAACAGGAUCGUUCAUUAAAUCGCGUCUCGUUUUGAUGCCAGCGUGCGAUGCGCCUUUAAACGGAGAGAAACGGAACUGCGUAAAGGAUGCAGCACACGGACGCUCGUUAUUUGCCAUGCACUGACUUUUAAAAUGAACCAUUUGGACCGUGCACAUCUCACGCGUUUCGCCUCUGCUCGCGAUGCUCAUUGCACACCGUGAUUAAACGCGUGCUUUUCUCUCACGACGGCGGCGGCAUCGUACGCGUAAUCUCCGUAGGCUGCUCUGACACAUCUAAACGUUUAUAAUGGGGGUCAACAAAAGAACCGGAGGCGGUGGGAUUUAAUCAUUACCUCUGUACUUUUCAAAUCAGCUGACUUUACCCAUACGCACAUCAACACAGAGCACGCGCAUCUUGUAAAGCUGCGGCGCGGGGGUUGUGUGGUGCUGAACGGACAGCUCCCACCACAGCAGGGUCGCGUCUCCAUUCACAUGGAUCAAUAUUAGGGGUCGGACGGUGUCGCUUUCUGGCUUUAAUGGCUGUGGCACGCAAGAUCAAAACUCUGCUGACGGUCAACAUUUUGGUUUUCGUCGGGAUCAUCUUGUUCUCGGUGUACUGCAGGAUCCAGGACCGAUCCGAGGAGCUCGUCCAGAUCGGGAGGCUGUCGGAUCAGAGACUGCGAGGCAGGAAUGCCAAAGUUACGAACUCUAUGGACAGACAGUCCAUUCUCAAAAGGCUCGAGCGACUGGAAGAUGUGGUUUAUAACCAGUUAAAUGGUCUAGCAAAGCCCAUGGGUCUGGUAGAAGGUCCUGGAGGUCUGGGACAAGGCGGUGCAGCGGCCACAUUAGGUGAGGACAGCCGGGAGAGCGAAGGAAGGUAUGAGGAAUACGGCUACAACGCCCAACUCAGUGACCGCAUCUCCCUAGACAGGAACAUUCCAGACUACAGGCCAAAAAAGUGUAAGCAGCUGACGUACCCUGAAGACCUUCCUCAGAUCUCUGUAGUCUUCAUCUUUGUGAAUGAAGCUCUCUCUGUCAUCCUGCGGUCGGUACACAGCGUGGUCAACCAUACCCCGACAAACCUGCUUAAAGAAAUCAUACUGGUCGACGACAAUAGCGACAGUGUGGAGCUGAAGUUCAAUCUGGAUCAUUAUGUGAAUAAGCGAUACCCAGGACUGGUGAAGAUCGUGAGGAACAGUAAACGUGAGGGACUCAUACGGGCGAGGAUUCACGGCUGGAAUGCCGCCACCGCUCCUGUGGUCGGCUUUUUUGAUGCCCACGUAGAGUUCAACACAGGCUGGGCGGAGCCUAUCCUCACCAGAGUAAAAGAAGAUCACACUAGGAUAAUCCUUCCUGCCAUAGAUAACAUCAAGUACAACACUUUUGAGGUGCAGCAGUACGCUAACGCAGCUCAUGGCUAUAACUGGGGACUCUGGUGCAUGUACAUCAUACCGCCACAGGAUUGGCUGGAUAAAGGAGAUGAGACUGCCCCCAUCAGGACCCCAGCAAUGAUUGGUUGCUCCUUUGUGGUGGACCGUGAGUAUUUUGGAGAAAUUGGACUGCUUGACCCAGGCAUGGAGGUCUACGGAGGAGAAAACAUUGAGCUUGGUAUGAGGGUGUGGCAGUGUGGUGGCAGUAUGGAGGUCCUUCCUUGUGCCAGAGUGGCGCACAUCGAACGCACCAAGAAACCAUACAACAAUGACAUUGACUACUACGCCAAGCGAAACGCAUUGAGAGCGGCCGAAGUCUGGAUGGAUGAGUUUAAGUCCCAUGUCUACAUGGCCUGGAAUAUUCCCAUGAACAACCCAGGAGUGGAUUUUGGUGAUGUGUCAGAGCGUGUUGCGCUGAGAAAGAAAUUGAACUGCAGGAGCUUUCGCUGGUACCUGGAGCAUGUCUACCCUGAGAUGAGAAUCUACAAUAACACCAUCACUUAUGGGGAGGUGCGGAACAGUAAAGCCAGCGGGUACUGCCUUGACCAGGGCUCAGAGGACGAUGACAGGGCGAUACUUUACCCAUGUCACGGCAUGUCAUCACAAUUGGCCAGGUACACUACUGAAGGGUUGCUGCAGUUAGGACCCCUGGGGUCCACGACAUUUCUGCCCGACACAAAAUGCCUAAUAGACGAUGGAAGGGGAAGAACCCCGGGCUUGAAAAAAUGUGAUGUUGUUACCAGGUCCUCACAGAGACUGUGGGAUUUUACUCAGAACGGCCCCAUCAUAAGUCGAGACACCGGGCGCUGUCUGGAGGUCGAAAUGUCCAAAGAGGCGAACUUCGGUCUGCGUCUGGUGGUUCAGAGGUGCUCAGGGCAAAAAUGGAUGAUUCGGAACUGGAUUAAACACCCCAGGCACUGAGCAUCAUCUGACCUGACAAGCAACCUCCCUGUGCUGGAGAACAGCCAUAAACUCGAACCCUGAGUCAAGGGUUGGAUGCAGAACUCACAUGGGGAGUGUUGAUACUGUAUCUCCACGACCCACUUUCAGGGUAAAACACUUUAAAGGUGGAAUUUUAUCUUUUGGCGUGUUUACUACUGAGCGAGAUGCUAGACCAGUCGGCUACAAUUACAGGGAAAUGACUUGCUGUCGAAAUACCCGUCAAAAACUCUUAGCAAGUCCGCUGUACAGAUUCCCUGCGUACCGCAGCUUUCUCCGAAUUUUGACGAGCUGUUUUAGUGAAACUGAGGAAUAUUUAAAAGAGUAAUACAAAUGAACAAAGAGCGAACAAACUUUGCAAACCCCUUAGUAAAAUCUCAAGUUUUACUUCUUAUCAAUUGCCAUAUCAACACUUAUUUCUACAGGCUGUGAAUUACUUUGGAUAGUUUAGGCUACUAUCCGUGUUGAAACUUCAGACGUAUAUCCCAAGUGCUAUGAAACAGAAAGUAGUUUAGACUUCAAUCUGACACAGUACAGUAGUUUUGUAUUUUCGUUCCAGUAUUUAAUUUACUUCCUAAUGCACAACAAAACCAUGUGUUCACCCAAGAACUCAUGUGCCUUUCUCCAUCUUGACACCGUCAGUCCAGGGAAUGUUUGUCCCUAAGCAUGUACAAAAUAUUUGAUUUUAAAUUAAUUGAAAUGUGAAUAUAAUGUUAAGAGGUCUUAUUAUAGAUACUUGUUGUAAAAUACUCGAAACACGAAAAUCCGGAUAAUUGAAACAAUAAAAUACUUUUUUCUUUUGUAU